AUGCGCCAUCAACAACUCACAAUUCUACAAGUCAACGUGGAUAAGAGCUGGACGAACCACGAGGAAGCCCUCCGCCUAGCAGACCACGGACAGUGCGAUGUGGUUCUCAUACAAGAACCUUGCUGUGGCAACGACGAAAGAAAUUUUAUUCCCAAGAACAGAAACUACAAGGCCUUUUCACCUACGAUGCACUGGCCCACAGAAAAGACAGGCUGGCCUGGUGUACUCACAUACACCCGGAUCCCCUCCAACCUCGAGGUGCAUCAGACGAAGCAUUAUGCUGGCACCGACAUACUCCUGACCCAAGUCAACGACUUACAUAUUAUCAACAUAUACAACCAUGCGGAUCGGCAACCAGUUCGACACAUCCUCAGCGAGCCUGCUCCUACUGGCAGAGUUCUGCUCGCCGGGGACUGGAAUACCCGGCACCCAAGCUGGGAACCGGGAUGCACCCCUACUGCACGAGCCGGCGAUCUAGCCCAAUGGGUGGACGAGAACGAGCUGACAUUACACAACAAGCCAGGAAUACCCACGACGGCAAAGGGAACAACCAUCGAUCUUGUCUUCUCAAACACCUUGGCACGGACAACGGUUGAGAAACACCUCAUAUGUGGUGGAUACCACUAUACAUUAUCGACAAUUAUCCCAGACGUAGCUGCCACAACCAACCCACGGCUCAAACACCCUAGAGUCAGCACUGAAGAACAGCUGGCAUCGUUUACCAAAGCGGUUCAAGCAGGAGCCAUGCAAUUGCCAGGCCCGCCGAAGGAACCAAAACACAUCGAAUCACUUUGCAAAGCAAUCAUGGACUGCUUACAGACAGCGGCCGUAGUUGCUGGUAAAACACCGUCCAUCAAGGGCCGGAAAACGUACACAUGGUGGAAUGAUGAGUGCAAGUCUGCUCGUAUGGAACUAAUCGCCACGCGCAGAGCGCACCCGACGGGGUUUGGCCGGGAUAUACAGCUGGCACGACGAAACUUCUCCAGGGCAGUUAGGAGAGCAAAGAAGAAACAGAAAGUGGAAUUUCUCAAUAGCAUACAGACGCCAGCUGAUAUCUACAAACUAACACGGUGGGAGAGGCGACCGUCUUAG